CAUCGUUACUUCCAGUCCGCUUUGCUGCGCACUCAAGGUACGCGCUUUAGAGUGUUUCUAUAAUUCAAGAUAUAGUGUUAUAUCCGCAGGCGUUUAUAUUUGCAUAAAUAAUUGACGUCUUCUCGCGCGGAUUUUUGUGCCCGCAGACAUUGUUCAGCGUCGAGAUCAUUUUGCAAAAAAAAAGCAGAUACGACAGAAUGUUUAUUUGAGCAUCGUUUUUAGCGGCACUUUUAUAUUGCGGUAUUCAACGUUGAAGAAGUGUUCGUAAAGAUAACUCCUGAGUUUAGAAAACUGUAUUCAAAAUUGUAUAUAUAUAUAUAUAUAUAUAUAUAUAUAUAUAUCGCCGUUCAACGACAAUGUUGUUAAAGUUGCGCGCAAUUUUCAGUCCAAUACAUUUUCCCUUCGUUAUACUACGUUGGAUCUUGUUAUUUAUUCGCAAGAAACCGGAAAAAAUACCUCCCAUAACAGAUCCUUUAUUUACGUUAAGCGCCACUACGCUUGCUAAAAAAAUUAGACAGAGAGAGAUUACGUGUUACGAUGCGGUGCACGAAUAUACACUGCAAAUUAAAAGAGUGAAUCCUGUCUUGAAUGCCGUCGCCGGCAAUCGAUUUGGCGAUGCUGUCUACGAGGCUAAAAUCUGCGACGAGCAAUUAGCAGCCGGCAAAAUUGACAUUGAAAGAUUAGAGAAGGAAAAGCCGUUGUUCGGUGUGCCGAUCACAGUCAAGGAAUGUUGCGCUGUUAAAGGUUGCAGUCAUUCAGGCUGUUCUUUACCUCUCGAAAAGAGAAAAGCGUCCUGCGAUGCUGAGAUCAUCAAGCUGCUCCGAAACGCUGGAGCGAUCCCGGUUUGCGUCACAAACACCUCGGAGAUGUGCGCCGGCUUUGACAGCUCGAAUCUAUUGUACGGCCGUACUUAUAAUCCUUAUGACACCAGAUACAUGUCUGCCGGAUCCUCUGGCGGAGAGGGUGCAUUGCUUGGAUCAGGCGCUUCCGUGAUCGGAAUUGGUUCGGAUUUCGCUGGCUCUAUAAGAGUGCCUAGUCUCUUCAAUGGCGUUUUUGGACACAAGCCUACGUCUGGAAUUGUUCCGACAAAUGGACACCUCCCAAUGUAUGAUCCAAAAUUCUUGAGCUUCGGUCCGAUGACCAGAUACGCGGAGGAUCUCGUGUUAGUUAUGAAAGUUCUGACGUCCAAGUGCGAGCGAAAUUUGCGUCUUGAUGAUCCGGUAGAUCUAAGGCAAUUGAAGGUUUACUAUCGAUCCAGCAUGGAUCCGGCAUUCGGUAUGUCAUCGACAACGCCGGAAAUGAAAGAUUGUGUUCACAAAGCCAUGAUUCACUUUACGCAAUACGAUAUUCAUCCGAAGGAGCUGCCAAUAGAGUGGCCGACCGAACUAGUCGAGAUUUUGUUUGCUGGAUGGAAGAUAAUAAAACCGCCUAAAAUAUUGGUGGAUCCCAAAAAUCCCAAGUCGAAGAAAAAUGCAAUCGUUGAAUUUCUGAAAUCUCUACUCGGCUUGUCACAACACACGCUGCAGGCAACCUUAAAUAACAUACUAUUGGAGACACGUUUUCCAUUCUCGGAAUCGGAUAUAUCGCAUUACACGAAGCAGGGAGCAAAAAUUCGGCAAGAGCUACUGGAUCUAUUGGGAGAGAACGGAAUAUUUAUUUACCCGACUUUCCGAUGUCCGGCGAUCCUUCCUGAACUUAGCAUAUGCGAAGUACUCAACAUUGCCUACUGUGGUAUUUUUAAUAAUUUUGGAUUUCCUGCGGUGCACAUACCGAUGGGACUUAAUCGCGAGGGAUUGCCUAUCGGUGUUCAGGUGAUAGCUGCGCCUUAUCAGGAUCGUCUCUGCUUGGCAGUUGCUAAAGAACUGGAGACAGCUUUCGGUGGUUGGGUGCCACCAUCGAUAUCGAUAAGCAAAUAAUUAUCGAAAUUAUCGAGACAUGUUCUAUAAGUAUUAACAGAUGAUAUUAGAAUUUUUGUAUCGCAUAGGAAAGUAACGCGCAAAUAUUGAACUCGAGUUAUUUCUAUAGUCUUUUCACAAAAAAACUUGAAAAUGUGUAUAUUAA